UAUAUAAAGCUUCAGUCUUCAGAAAGUGCGCACAUUAAAUUCCGUGCGCACACGCGGCGCACGUUAGUACGUUUCCAUUCUCUCCCCCCACUCUUUCCCCGCGAGAGAGAGAGAAGGGAGGAAACAAAGAGACAAUAAAAACGCUUCUCUACGUUUCCAUUGUAGUAAGCGAGCUGUCUCUCUGCAACAUUCUCUCGAAUUCCGAUUAUACCCUCGGUUGAUCACCUUAAUUUCCGGUCUGCUCCUCCCUACACCAUGGCUCCAGCUAACAUUUCUAAGGCGGCGGCUUGUCGGCAAAUCGGGUCUCGCCGGAGAACGGAGGCGCCUCUGCCCAUGCCGCACCAGAAGAAGAUGAAGCCUUUGUCGGAGGUAAUGGCGCGGGCGCGCUAUGUCGUGGUGGAGGGCGCUGACUACAGCCAAACAAGCUGUGUGCAAUGCGGCUCCGGGGACCAAGACCAUGAGAUGCUUCUCUGUGACAAAUGCGACAAGGCCUUUCACAUGAAAUGCCUGAGACCAAUAGUCGUUAGAGUUCCUAUCGGAUCGUGGCUCUGCCCGAAGUGCUCUGGCCAGAGACGAGUAAGAAGCUUUUCGCAGAAGAAGAUAAUCGAUUUCUUUGGGAUUAAGAAGAGCACUAAUGAGAAAAAGGAAUGUGCCUCUCUUCAAGGUUGCAUGGGACAAUGCCAGAAACCAUGUCUCUCUGAUGCAAGGAAGCGCCGGCGACGCUGUGGAUCAUUGGUGCUGCAAAAGAAAAGGAGGAGACUGUUACCGUUUAUCCCAUCAGAAGAUCCUGACCGAAGGCUGAAACAAAUGGGUACUCUUGCCUCUGCUUUGACAGCAUUGCAAAUGGAAUUCAGCGAUGAAUUGACCUACAUGCCUGACCUGGCUGCUAGAUCCGCCAAUCAGGCCAUGCUUGAAGAUGGUGGCAUGCAGGUUCUUUCAAAAGAAGAUACAGAAACCUUGGAACACUGCAGGGCCAUGUGUAGAAGGGGUGAAUGCCCUCCCCUAAUUGUAGUUUUUGAUUCGUGCGAAGGUUUUACAGUUGAGGCGGAUAGCCAGAUAAAGGAUUUGACAUUGAUCGCAGAAUACACAGGCGAUGUGGAUUACCUUAAGAACCGUGAAAACGACGAUUGUGAUAGUAUGAUGACCCUGCUUCUAGUAACAGAGCCGUCUAAAAGUCUUGUCAUCUGUCCAGAUAAACGUGGAAACAUUGCUCGCUUUAUCAAUGGCAUUAACAAUCAUACUCCGGAUGGUAAGAAGAAGCAGAAUUGUAAAUGUGUGAGAUACAGUGUAAAUGGUGAAUGCCGGGUCUUUUUGGUUGCUACUCGUGAUAUUGCUAAAGGGGAGAGACUAUACUAUGAUUAUAAUGGAUAUGAGCAUGAAUAUCCUACCCAUCAUUUUCUCUAGAAAAACCAUAUAGAGAGCUGUCUAAAUCCUACAGACAUGGAGUGCAAUUUUGGAUCUCGACAUAUCCUUUUCUUUCCAAAUUUUAUCUUCACAGCUUACUCAUUGUUGUUGCAGAGUCAAUACCAUUUGUGACAACAACGAGUCAUUUGUUCUUAUUUAUGAUGUAGAGUCGAGCCCCAUUGUGUGGCCAUAGGAGAAAUAGAGUUGUCUUCUGAAAAAUUAUUGAAGGAGGAACGUUUUCAUGUAUACCAAUUUCAGUGGAACUAAUUUCAGUGAAACUUUCUAUUUUUAUA